UAAUAAACAUAGACUUGUUAUUCUUUGGAAAUGAUCCAAACUUAUUAUCGUUAUUAUUGUUUUUGUCACAGCAUGCAAGACGACAGCGUUGAAGCUUCUACUUCCAUUUCUCAGCUUCUAAGAGAGAGCUAUUUGGCAGAAACAAGACAUCGGGGAAACAAUGAGAGGAGUCGAGCGGAGCCUUCUUCCAACCCUUUCCAUUUUGGCAGUCCUUCUGGAGCUGCCGAAGGAGGAGGAGGGCAAGAUGACCUUCCAGAUCUUUCAGCAUUUCUGAGCCAAGAGGAAUUAGAUGAAAGUGUCAAUCUGGCAAGAUUGGCCAUCAAUCAUGACCCUUUGGAGAAAGCAGAUGAAGCUCAAGCUAGAAAACGCCUUUCUCCUGAUCAGAUGAAACACCCAUCUAAAUCAAGUUUUGACCCUAACUUCUGCCAGGAUAACUCUCGAAGUCCUACCAGCUCUAAAGAGAGUGCCCAGGAGGCAACAAAGCUACAGUAUAGUUCUGAGGCCCAGUCCAAAAAAGUAUUCUUAAAUAAGGCUGCCGAUUUUAUUGAAGAGCUGUCCUCCCUUUUCAAAGCCCAUAGUUCCAAAAGGAUUAGACCUCGUGCCUGCAAAAACCACAAGAGCAAACUGGAAUCUCAAAACAAAGUUAUGCAGGAAAAUAGCUCCAGUUUCUCAGCUAUAUCAGAAAGGAGAGAAAGAGCUUCUGUCCCCAUCCCUAUCCCUGCAGAUACUAGAGAUAACGAAGUGAAUCAUGCCCUUGAACAGCAGGAAGCUAAGCGGCGUGAAGCUGAGCAGGCUGCCAGUGAAGCAGCUGGUGGAGACACCAGCCCAGGGUCUUCGACUUCAUCCCUGUACUAUGAAGAACCUCUGGGGCAACCUCCCCGAUUCACUCAAAAGUUAUGGAGCAGAGAAGUUCCAGAAGGAACUAGAGUACAGCUGGAUUGCAUAGUGGUAGGAAUUCCACCACCUCAAGUAAGGUGGUAUUGUGAAGGCAAGGAGCUUGAAAAUUCCCCAGACAUUCAUAUUGUCCAGGCGGGAAAUCUACACUCACUGACCAUUGCUGAAGCCUUUGAAGAGGACACAGGACGUUAUUCCUGCUUUGCUUCUAACAUCUAUGGGACAGAUUCAACUUCUGCUGAGAUUUAUAUAGAAGGGGCUUCUUCUUCUGACUCAGAAGGGGACCCUAACAAGGAAGAGAUGAAUCGAGUCCAGAAGCCAAAUGAGAUGUCAUCCCCUCCCACAACUUCUGCAGCCAUUCCUUCAGCAGCACCCCAAGCACAGCAUGUGGUGGCCCAGCCAAGUGUGUCAAUCAUCCAGCAGUGUCGGAGUCCUACCAACUAUUUGCAAGGUCUGGAUGGAAAACCUAUCAUUGCAGCUCCUGUGUUUACAAAGAUGUUACAAAAUUUAUCAGCCUCUGAGGGUCAGCUGGUUGUCUUUGAAUGCAGAGUAAAAGGAGCUCCAUCUCCUAAAGUUGAAUGGUAUAGAGAAGGGACCUUGAUAGAAGAUUCUCCAGAUUUUAGAAUUUUACAAAAAAAACCUCGAUCCAUGGCAGAGCCAGAGGAGAUUUGUACUUUGGUCAUUGCUGAAGUGUUUGCAGAAGACUCUGGGUGCUUCACAUGUACUGCAAGCAAUAAAUAUGGCACAGUGUCAAGCAUUGCACAACUAGAUGUAAGAGGAAAUGAAGACAUUAGAAAUAAUGGGUCUCUUCACUCAGCCAAUUCCACCACCAACCUGGCUGUUAUUGAGCAACAGCCGUCCCCACCCAACCCAGAGCCUCCUUCUAUGGAACAACCCCCUAAACCCAAACUCGAAGGGGUUCUGGUGAACCACAAUGAGCCCCGGUCCAGCUCGAGGAUUGGGCUCCGCGUGCACUUCAACCUGCCUGAAGAUGACAAAGGAAGCGAAGUGUCCUCUGAGGGUGGCAUGGUGACCACCAACCAGGCCAGGCCUGAUUCUUUCCUGGAGAAAUUCAAUGGACAGACAGCAAAAAUCUCUGAGCCUUCUUCACCUGUCAAAGAGCCCCCUCCAGUCCUGGCCAAGCCCAAACUCGACUCCAGUCAGCUCCAACAGCUUCACAACCAAGUCUUACUGGAACAACAGCAGUUGCAAAAUUCAUCUCCUUCAUCUCCUAAGGAGUUUCCUUUCAACAUGAGUGUCUUGAACUCCACUGCUCCCCCAGUGGUGACAACGUCCAGCAAGCACGUGAAGUCUCCCUCAUCACAGACGUUCACCUUGGCCCGGCCAAAGCAUUUCUUCCCCUCCACGAACACCACCUCAUCAGCCAUGUCCCGUUCCAGCUCUCCAGUGUUCACCCUGAGCAGCCCUCCUCAAACCAUUCAGAGGACAGUGAGCAAAGAAAACCUCUUAGUAUCUCACCCCUUCGUGCAAACCAAAUCUCUAGGAGCAGUUUCUGUUCAAAACGAGCCACCCCCUCCAGGUCCCACAGAGCCAGCGCAACUGCCCCUUACAUUUUCCAUCCCCAGCGGAAGCCAGUUUCAGCCCCGUUGUGUGUCCCCAGCUCCUGUCUCUCCCACCAGCCGCAUUCAGAACCCAGUGGCUUUCCUCAGCUCUGUCCUGCCUUCUCUCCCUGCCGUCCCACCCACCAAUUCCAUGGGGCUGCCCAGAAGUGCACCAUCCACGCCAUCCCAAGGACUCAUGAAGAAAAAUACAAAGUCUCCCCUGCCAGUGAAUGAUGAUUCCAUUCGUGAAACUAAAAAUGCAGUGAUUCUAGACUUGGGGAAAAAAAUGAAUUUCAGUGAUGUCAGAUCAAACCAACAGGAGUACAAAAUUUCAAGCUUUGAGCAGAGACUGAUGAAUGAAAUAGAGUUUCGUCUGGAACGAACCCCUGUUGAUGAAUCAGAUGAUGAAAUCCAACACGAUGAGAUCCCCACAGGCAAGUGUAUUGCUCCCAUCUUUGACAAGAGACUCAAGCACUUCCGGGUCACGGAAGGCUCUCCAGUCACAUUCACCUGCAAAAUUGUUGGAAUACCUGUUCCAAAGGUUUACUGGUUCAAAGAUGGAAAGCAGAUUUCAAAGAGAAAUGAGCACUGCAAGAUGAAACGAGAAGGAGAUGGAACAUGUUCUCUGCACAUUGAAUCCACCACCAGUGAUGAUGAUGGCAACUACACCAUCAUGGCCGCCAACCCCCAGGGGAGAAUCAGCUGUUCUGGUCACUUAAUGGUACAAAGUUUGCCCAUUCGCAGUCGACUAACACCUACUGGUCAGUCUCACAGAGGAAGAUCCCGAGUGCAAGAAAAAGACAAGGAGCCCCUGCAGGAACGCUUUUUCCGGCCACAUUUCCUGCAGGCUCCUGGGGAUAUGGUAGCUCACGAGGGGCGCCUCUGUCGGCUGGACUGCAAGGUGAGUGGCUUACCACCCCCAGAGCUGACAUGGCUGCUCAAUGGCCAACCUGUGCUACCAGAUGCCUCCCACAAGAUGCUGGUCAGAGAGACUGGAGUCCACUCUCUGCUCAUUGACCCGCUCACUCAACGUGAUGCAGGGACCUACACAUGCAUUGCUACCAACAAAACUGGACAGAAUUCCUUCAGUCUGGAGCUCACUGUAGUAGCCAAAGAGGUGAAGAAAGCCCCUGUGAUCCUGGAGAAACUGCAGAACUGUGGAGUUCCCGAAGGCCACCCCGUGAGGCUGGAGUGCCGGGUGAUAGGCAUGCCGCCACCCGUAUUCUACUGGAAGAAGGACAAUGAGACCAUCCCUUUUACCAGAGACAGGAUCAGCAUGCACCAGGACACAACAGGGUAUGUCUGCCUCCUCAUUCAGCCAGCCAAGAAAUCAGAUGCUGGAUGGUACACGUUAUCAGCCAAGAACGAAGUUGGCAUCGUGUCAUGCACUGCUAGGUUGGAUAUAUAUGCUCAGUGGCACCAGCAGAUCCCGCCGCCCAUGUCCAUCCGGCCCAGUGGCAGUCGCUAUGGAUCUCUCACCAGUAAAGGACUUGACAUUUUCUCUGCCUUCUCCUCUACGGAAAGCACAGUGGUGUAUUCAUGCUCUUCUCGGAGUGUAGUAGAGAGUGAUGAACUUUAAGAAAGUCUGGGUAUCUCCUGUGUUAUGGGGCAGACUGUGGAGGGGGAAGGUGGACAAGCCAGAGCCAGUGGUUUCCAAGCAACUGGAUUUGAGUAAGUUCCCAUGCCGCUGGACCUAUGGCAAGAAGUGCUUUGUAUGAGACAGCUGGGGACUCUUGCAGUCUCAGUUGGGGAAGAGACAUAGGGCUGUGCCUUUUAAAGAUUCCAACAAAAAUGUGAGAAGACAAUAACAGAUGAACCAAAGAUGUCAUGCCGCUGCCAUGCAUUGCUUUGGGGAAAAGCUAGCAUGCUCCCUGCCCCAUGCUGUGUUAGGGAUGUUUAGGCCCUACUAGGAGCAAUUAGGGGCCAUAUGCUUGGGUUGAGAAGAGUUAGACAGUAGUGACCUUAGGCGUUACUAACUCACCAAACAAUGCAAAGGAAAAAGAUGGGAAGGUCUCCAUCACCCUUCAUUGAUUACAUUCAUAGCUGUAGUUUUGGUGGCUUCAUUAAGUCAGCGUCUACUUAGCAUUAGGAGAUUGUGCCAUACAACUCACAUAUGUGGAGAAGCAUUUCUGAUUUGCUUAUCCUGAGUGUACUGAGCCAUGUAAGGCAACGUAAUAUGCUUGAGAUACAAAACCACUGAAACAGUCAAUAUUGCACAGUGCACUUCUUCUAUAGCCAAAUACAGGGCUCCACCCACCUGUCCCCACCAUUUUCUUUUCGAGACAAUGGUGAGUGGUUUUUCUUUCUGAAUUUAUGUAUUCCUAGACUCUACAAAUAAAGAGUUGUUAAUAAACCAACCAGAAAGAACUCUUCUGAGGGAAUGCUUUUUAAACUAUUAGCUUAAAUUGCCACUUGCAAAAUAUGUGAGAAUCAUCAUCCUCUGCCCAUAAAUAUAUUGAUCCUUCCCCUCCUCCCCUCUCCCAAAAGUCUGGAAGUAUAUGAGACAGUGAGUAAAAAACAGAUGCAACAAGGGGAGGAAGUGAUGGGAGAGUGUUCUUCACUUGCCCUCACAGGGCAGUGGUUAUGGAAGCAGAGGUCUUCAAUGGUUGUCAGCUGCUUUGAGAUCAUUAAUCAAAUUGCAUUUUCUCUAUAUAAUAUAUAAUGCUAACUGGAAAGUAGUAAAAGGGAAUUUGCUUCUUUAUUCUAAUCCACCAAUUCAGAACCUACCUUUCAACUUAAGAAAUUUUUAAACUUAAAUUCACUGCAAUAUCCCCAGUGCCUAGAAGGGUACUUAGCACAGAGUAAACAUUCAAUAGAUAUUUGUUGGAUGAAUGAAUCUUACAUUAGAUAAAGAAAUCUACAAUUCACACGCCAGUCAGAAAAAAUGCCCUGGGAAUACUCAUCACAGCACAAUUUGCUCCCAGGCUCACCAGUGAUAGGAAUUGGAAGUAUCUAUUACCAGCCCCCUGUACCCAAGUCUCUGGUGUUCCCUGAGUCAGCACUCUCAGCAGGCAUCUUAUUGAAGUGGGCAAAUAGUAAUUGCUUAGAAAGUCUUGAAACUUUAUUUUUCUUUACUUCAAGGCAAGGAUUUUCAGUGUAAAAAUAAAUUCAUUCACUCAAAAAAUUAUUUUUGUGUAUAUAAGGUGCUAUGCUUGAGACCUUGGGAGAUACAAAGAUAUGAAUAAGACACAGUCCCUGACCACAGGGAGCUUACAGUCUAGUAGAGGAGAUGAGAUAUAAGCCAUGUAGAGGACUGCUUCCUGGAGCAAAAAGAAAAAUCUAUUCUUUAUCACAUAGAAGUUUCUAGUUCUCUUCAUCCUACAUUUUUCUUGACUCUAAAAUCAAGGUUUCAGUCAAUUAUUUAGCAAAAUUAUUAGAUUUUGUUUCCUUUCUUCAUGUAUGCAGGAACAAUACUAAGAGUGUAGGCAUCUGUAAUAAAAUAUAAUGCAUUUCAUAUUGAAUGCAUCCUGUAAAAUGUCCUAUUUCCAUACUGGCUUCUAUUAUGAAAUUUAUAACCAAAGAGAAGUUUCUAACUCCAGGAUCGCUCCUUCACAGUUGCACACCCGACCUCUCCACCAUAUUUCCAUUUGUAAACCCUAGACAGUUCUCCCAUGAAAGGAUAUGUCUUUGCUUUCUGAAUAUUUUUUAUCUGUUGGCUUUUAGUGUUCAACAGACCUGGGAUAAAUAUUGUUAUAUUUGGCCAUUAGAUGGUGCUGUCUGACCUAAAAUAGAAAAGCAUUGCCCUCAACCACCCUCCCUUUUCCCCAUUUGAAAUUUGAGCUGUGUGUGGGUCAUGUUAAAGCAGAGUUUCUCAGCCUCAGCAUCAUUGACGUUUGGGGCUAGAUAACUCUGUUUGGAGGGAGAUAGUCCUGUGCAUUCUAGGAUGCUUUGAAGCAUCCCCGGCCUCUGCCCACUAACGGCCAGUAGCAAUCCUGCUGUUGUGGCCACUCAACCAUUCCCAGAUAUUUCCAAAUGUUCUCUGAGAUGAGAAUCCCCCUUUGUUGAGAACCACUGAGUUGAACAAAUCAGUGCUCUGCUUUGAGUAUUCUAAGAUAAUUCAAUUACAAUGAGGAAUACUUAUAUAAGAAAUUUGUUGUGCUGGAUAUGUUUGAACUCAACAUAUCCAGCAGAUUCACCAUCUUCCUUUUUGUAAAUGAUUCCUCAACCUGGUUUAAUAAUUUCUAUUAAUUACACUUAGUAAUCCAAAUAGAAAGCACCCAAGUCAUUUUUUUUACUUCCUGUAGCCAAUCAAUUGACAGAUCCUGCUUAUUCUAACACUAUUUAUGUACAUUUAGCCCUUCCUUCUCACACCCCAUCACAGUUCUCCAAUCAGACUUCCAUUAUUUUCUUAAUUUCCCUCAAUAUUUCUGACCUUAGCAUAAUAAAAUACUUCUAAGCGGCCUUUCUGCCUCUAGCCCUAUUGUUUCUCCCUGCUCAAAUCCAGCCCACAUCUCAGCCUUACUCAUUCUCCCGGAAGUACUACUCCAGCCAUAUUAUUCCCCAAUUUCAAACCCCCAGGGGCUCCCUGGAGCCAACUCAGGUGCCAGCUGUUCUGCCCUGUGGUAUUCAAGCCUUGUUCCAAUACGAUUCCCAAGCUUUUCACCCACUACUCAGAAAACACACCUGAUGUGGCAGCAUACUUAACACAGGCCCCUGCUUUCCAGCCACAUGCCUCCCUUUUGCCUCGAGCUGGAAGACUCUCUCCCUGGUCAACACCUGUGGGAACCUUAUCUGUUCUGAAAGUCGAUCUCAAAGGCUAGUGCCUCUGUGAAAUACUUUCUGAUUCCCCAGACCCCAAUCAAAUACAAUUCUACUUUCUUUGAAACCUUAUAGCAAAUGUCUUGAGUCUGGAAGAAGAAAACCUUGUAUAGUAUUUUAUGUAAAACACAGCCUCUAUAUACCUGCCUGCACUAGAUCUUAGCUACCUGUUGGUAUGGACUGUGUCACAAGUUUGCCAUGUCCCUUAUAAGAUUAGGUGCUCAAUAAAUAUUUACUGACCUAAAUUGAACUUUAAAUCUAUAUAAGUCAAUAUAAAGUGAAUCUCCUGGGGAGCUUUUAAGAAUCCUGAUGCCCAAGUGACAACCCCAAAUCAGGAAGUCAUAAGUUCUGGAGUUGUGGCCUAGGCGCCAGUUCUUUUUUAAAGCUUCCCAGGUGAUUCCAAUGAGAGCAAAGGCUCAGAAGAGUCGUUUCAGAACUUACCCAGAAAGGUCCAAAGGGAUGCAGAUGGCAUCAAGCUGAAGUGUUGGCUUUGGUGAAGAAUGUACUCCCCUUGUUGUCCAUGCAAUGCGCACCCGGAAAGCAGAAAUAAAUAUGCACUUCAGCCUCAUGAGACCCUACUGUUCUGCACAAUGUUCCUUAGACAUGUAGCAUUCUUGAAGCCCCCAGGGGAACCUCAAAAAUGUGCAAAAACGGACCAGGGAAAGAGGGAAAGCCGGUGCAAUUCAUCUGGCCCUUUGUUUCAAAAUGCUAUACUGAUCCUGUAAACACCCUUCUCUCCAAAGAACUGAAGAGCUUUCCAAAGUAAGGUUUUAAUCAUAAUUGCCAAAUAGUGGAACUGGUUUAAAGCAUUUUUCUAUUUUCAUUCAUCACUUAAUUUUUGUAAGGAUCCAAUGAGAAAUUAAAUGGUCAAGAGACUAGCGGUGUUAGAGCUAGAGCUCUGAAUCCCAGAGGGGUUAAAGCUGACUUCUGUAUGGACGGGUUGCUUUGGAUAAUCCUCAAAUGAUAAAUGGGUUGCCUUCUAAAUGUUCACUUGUAAAUUGGUUGUUUAAAACUCAGAAUAUAUUUUCUUACAUAUUCACCCAAUAUUAGAUCCCCAAGUAAACCCAGUAAAGCCCAUUUAAUUCAUGACUGAGUUACAGUAUUUACUACACCUGAUUGGGUCUGAUUCCAAUCAGAGAUCCAGGCAAAACAGUCAAUAAAAGAGAAGACAGACUUCUUCCUCCUCCCUUUUUGUGUCUAUCAUAUGUCAACGUUCAAGAAUGUCUGUGGUCCUUUCUGUAUCUAUCCCCAAUCUGUGUUUUUCUCCCCAGGUGCCCCGAACUCCGUGUGCUCUAACCCCCUGCUGUAACCCACCCCAUCUCACCCUGUCCCUGUCAGCGCGCCAGCGUGCUUUAUGAUCCAAAAUGAUCUCACUCCAGCUCAUGCAUCGUCGCUUGAUGUUCUGAAGAAAGUAGUCCAACUGAACAGAUUCUGAACGCCCUUAACUUUGCCAGAGGUGCUACAUUUAAAAAAAAAAAAAAGUUGCCUUCUUACUCCCAUCAACUUCUAAUUCAUAGAAUUAGACAAAGUUUAAAAAGUCAGAUUGUGAGAGAAGAUUUAGAAAAUUGACUGGGUCAGACACUCAGAUUGUCCUCGUUGAUCACAGCCUCCUCCAGUCCUUGUCCUCCCCACAUACUCCCAAAGCACUUUCCAAGCUGGGACCCUGGCCUGAGUCUCUUUGUUUAUGUGCUCUAAGUUGGUUGUAAAUUUAAAGACAAAUUUACUCAUAAUAACUUCUAUUCAAGGUCCCUUACAGGGUCCUUGGGUAACCUGCCUCAAAGUAUUUCUGCUGAAGGUCAAGUUGAAAAUCAACGUGCCUUACCAGUAAGAUGUAUAGUUACUUAGAUUGCAAUAGAAUUUGUUAAAGUCCUUUUCACCACUAACUGCCUUUUCUUGUUUUAAGUGGAUCAAUAUUUCAGAAAGUUAAUUACCAAAGCUUUGCUUGAAGAAUGCCAAGCAUCUUUUAAACUUUGACAGUGCAGUGGCCAUCAAUAUGCUAAAGAAGUUGCAAAUACUAUGUUUUUAAAAAUCUGUGCAGUGCAAAAAAAUGCAUACUUGUUAAAGAUAUGUUUGCUUCUUAUUUCUGUCUAAUUGUAUAUUAGUUAGCAUGCUUGGUAUUAUAGAACCAUAAACAGGAUGCCUUUUGUUAACAUGUAAAUAAUGGUCACUUCAAACUCCAAAGAGCAAUAGCUUUGAAAUUGCACGAAAUAGAGAAAUCACACUUUUCAAUCCUCUGAAAAUUGUGCCAUAAAUGCUAAGAGUAAGCAUUAAGAAAAUGAUUGCACUGUAGAGGCAUAUAAACACUAAUUUGCCAAAAGAUUUUAAUAUAUUAGUGAAUAGAAAAUGUUUCCCUAAUAAUAAAAAUUAAGAUAUUUCAAUAUUACUUGAAAAUAUUUUAAGGCUGAAUUGAAAUGAAUGUGCAUUUUUCUUUAAAAAGCAGAAAACAGUUCUAAUUUUCAGGUUUAAAAAUUACUUUUUGAUGAUAUUAGAACUGAUUUUUUUAAUUUACAAAGAUAUUUGAGAUUUUUAAAAAGGAUUUUUAAAAAUUAUCUUUAUAAUUGUAUAAAUUACUACAUGAAUUAUAACCUAGCUAAAUAUCUCUAGAGCAACAGAAAGAUGACUGGGUUUUAGUCUUUCUAAAAUAUCCAGUAGAUUCACCAGACUUCUCACAGAGUGUUCUUUAACAACCUAAGAUUAAAAUUCAUUCUGUUUCCUAACUGAAAACAGAGACACUUUAAAAAGUAAGGCUUUUAGACCAGUUUAGAUUGGAAAUUAAUGGAGAUACAAGUAUAGUUUGUCACACAAUGAGGUAUUCUAAUACUCACAAGAAAUUAAUUAUUUUAAUAUAGUAUGAUAAGAGUGAAUUGCUCAAUUGUUCUAAAAUUGUCCAAAGAAUCUGAUAUUUCUACACAGAUUCAGUGAGUUAUCUGCAAACUAGAGGCAGAUUCUUGUAAUUUUCCCAUAUUUAGUGAUUUCAGAAUCCAGUGCACUAUAUACUAUUAUUGUCUAUAGUGGUCACAGCCAAAAGAUUACUAGUGCAUAUGUGCACAGUAUAAAUGAGUUCACUGUUUAUUUUAAGGAGAGUUAAAAACCCUGUAAUUCAAAUGACAUAAUUUGAAUGCAACUAUAUUCUUAACAUACACUGGUAUGUUAAAUUUUAUUUUUCAGUAUUUUGAUUUCAGAGAUACUUUAUCUUCUUUUCUGAUUAAUUUUCACUUACUUUUUUCAAUCUUUAGUAUUAAGUUUCUUGAUAAGCCCUUCUCUCUUCAUUACCUCAAUGCCAAAAUAAAAAUCUGUAAAAUAUUUAAUAACACUAGGAGAGCUCCUUAUUUCUAGGAAUUCUUGAGUGAAUUCCUAGAAACAAGAGGAAUUUUAAUAAUUCUGAUGAAUUUUCAGAUACAUUUUCUAAUUUUUUUGUAGAAAUCAGGGGUCUCUGUUUCUUUAUCUAUAAAAUAAGCAAAAUAGUUGAGCCUUUCCGCAGAUGGAGGAUAGGAUAAAUAAAUAUUUAUAAAGAGUUUAUUUUAGAGACCCUAAAAAAAGUAGUAGCAGGUUUUUUUUUUUAUUCCAAGAGAAAUGUUAAAAAUACUUUUUGUCAAAGUAAGUAGUUAACUCAUUUAAAAAGUUCACCUUUCUUUCCUGCCUCACUACUUUGUUUUUUCUUAGAAGGGUAAGACAUAAUGGCAAAAUCUUCCUCCAAGAUGAUAUGCAGUUAAAAAAAAAUACAUGGGAAAAAUAAAUGAACUCAAGAAAUAUCCUACCUGCUUUCUGCAGGCAGAGUCCAGGGAAAUUUAUUUUGAUGUGGGGAGAAUCGCCAAAGGGAACUCUGAUUCUUAUGUCUGUGAUUGAAACUGGUGAAAAAAUGACUCGGCAGUGCACAGAGAAACAGCAAAGGAGCUGCUGUACUCUUUUCUGACUUCAGCAGUUCACGACAACACCAUUGUACAGUUCCAGACCCCAGUGAAGAAACGUUCCAUUCUAGCAUGUCAGUCGCCUUACACUGAAAUGAAUCAAGUUUAGGAUAACAGGUAGCAAUGGACCCUCAAAAUUGAGCAUAUCUUUUGGUGUCUGUUUUUCCAUUCACAGCUACAUCAAGUCUGAAGUUAAUCCCAAUGUUCAAUUCAGCCAUGAGGACUGACAAAGGAUGUAUAUGUGCCAUAGGAAUGUAUCCACAUGUGCAACGCAUGCAUGCACACACACACACGCUUUAAGUAAGGAGUCAUGGAGCACCCAUAGUUAACCUAAUUCGAUUAGAAUCAAGUAACAUCUCUGACUUACACUUUUCCUUUCUCUUCCUGCAUGAGUUCUUUCCACUGGAAAACACACAGAGCCCCAGAAAACUCACAAACAUGGUAUGCUUCCAUCUUAGGAAGCUUAAGUCAAUUUAUUUUCCAACCUUUUUAGUUAUAGAAAUCCUAAUGGAAAAGUCAUUAUAGUAGCCACUUUGAAAUGCGUGCAUUAUAUAAACUGUAUAUUUUGCCACGAUUACUAGAAGACAAUAAAUGGAUCUUGGCUUUAUUCCUGUUCCUCUGCAUCGUGCAUGUUAAAUAGUCUGUAGAACUGAUCACUUAAGCCAAAACGUUUGUGAGCAUAAACCGCAUCUUUGUUCAGAAGACAUACGGUACUGUAAUCCGGUAGACCAUGCCAUCUCCAUGGACACCCGCUGCUGUUUUCUAAUCGUGCUCUCUUAAAUAUUUGUGGAGGGUUGUGUUUUGUUUGGAAACUUUGCAAUUAGAAGAAGAAAAAUAAGAAUUAAAAAACAGUAUUUAAUUCCACCUGGAUGUUUUAAAAAGCAAUUUGGAGGAUGUGAUGGACUGUUUCCUUAUUCAUUAAAUAAAAUUUUAUUUAUUCUCAAUUAAUUGUUGGGUUCGUUGUGUUUUGUUUUUGUUCCCAGACUUCGCAUGUGAGAUGGGUAAGUUCUUGUUGUCAGUG